AUGACUAGUAACUGGGAGAGCCAAGCCCAAAAGGGCAGAGACAUCUUGAACAAUUCUAUUCCGAAAAAAUGGCUUCUCCCCAUCGACAGGCUACCGCCUGUCUCGCAGAAAAGCGUGGUUGACUUCCCCAGUCAAAGCGGGUUGUUGAAUGAGCGUGAGCUCAUUAUCACGGAUAUGUCGGCUACGGCACUGGUGACCGAGAUGGGCAAUGGAAAACUGAGCGCGGAAGAGGUGAUGGUUGCGUAUUUGAAGAGGGCCGUGUUGGGCCAUCAACUGCUCAAUUUCGCAACGGAGUUUAUGGCAGACGAGGCAAUCACCCGUGCCAAAGAGCAUGAUGAGCACUAUAGACGCACAGGGAAACUGGUCGGGCCCCUGGUAAGCUCAUAUACAUACCCGUUGAAAUUUAUAGGCAAGAUUCUAACGAAACAGCAUGGCAUACCAAUCAGCGUGAAAGAACACAUAUCUAUGAAGAACCGAACAUGCAAUACGGGAUAUGUAGCUUGGGUUGACAAAGUCACCACGGAAGAUGCCCUUCUCCUCCAGCUCCUAUCCAAAGCCGGCGCCAUUUUUCAUGUGCGGACCAACCAACCCCAGUCGUUGAUGCACCUGUGCUGCAGCAACAAUAUCACCGGCACAACAUUGAACCCCCUCAAUCGCACCCUAAGUCCAGGCGGGUCUUCCGGCGGCGAAGGCGCCUCAAUGGGCUUCCGUUGCGCACCGCUAGGGAUUGGAAGUGAUAUCGGUGGAUCAAUUCGCUGCCCCGCGGCGUUUUGCGGUGCGUACGGUUUCCGCCCUUCCUCUCUGCGGAACCCUGUGACAGGGCUUAAAGUCGCUGCUUCGGGCCAGGAGACAAUCCGCGGUGUAGUGGGUCCAAUGGCUAGUUGCUCUAUUGAGGAUCUAGAGCUGUUCCAGAGAGCUGUACUAGAACAAGAGCCUUGGGACAUUGAGACGUCACUGAUGCCUGUGCCGUGGAAGACGGUUGCUCCGAAGCGGGAUAUGACUGUGGCUAUUAUGUGGGAUGAUGGCUGCGUCCGCCCCCAUCCACCUAUCACUCGCGCUCUGAGACACGCCAAGGAGAAGCUGGUAGCGGCAGGCGUGAAAGUCGUAGACUGGAAGCCGUAUAAGCACCAGCAUGGCUGGGAAGUUAUUCGCGCUCUGUACUACCCUGACGCUGGCAGCAAGCAACGUGAGGUUCUUGCCGAAUCGGGCGAGCCAAUACGCCCACUAACCGAUUGGGCUCUCUCCUAUGCCCAAAGCAUGCCUCUUUCUCACCCGGAGGCAUGGGCCUUGCACGACCAGCGCGAUAUCUAUAGAGACGAGUACCACGCUCUGAUCAAGAGUCGCGGUGUUGACUUUAUCCUCUCUCCGACAUAUCCCGCUGCCGCGGCAGUGAUGGGCGAGUCGCAGUAUUGGAAUUAUAGUGCGAUUUGGAACUUGGUAGACCUGCCUUCUGCAGUGUUCCCAUCUGGAAUCACUGUGGACCCCAAGGUAGAUGUGUUGACGGAGGAGGACAGGAAGUAUGUUCCCAGGGAUGAGGUUGAUGAGAGGGAGUGGCGUAAGUACCAGGACCCCGAGAGAUACGAGGGCGCGUCUGUGGGACUGCAGAUUUCUGGGAGGCGGUUUAAGGAUGAAGAGACCCUAGCGGCGGCCAAGGUUGUUGAGGAGAUUGUUAGAGACAAAGAGCACUCCAACAUUUGA